CACCCGACAAGGGAGGGAGUCUCAGUCUUGGUCGUUGGCUGUCGGCGGUGCUCCUUCUUCAGGGCGUCAUGGGGCUCUCGUAACACCUUGGCCAGGGCCUUGAGUCCCCUAACAUGUAUAAAAUGAUGCAAGGAGAUUUUCAACAAUCUUAUUUCGAUUUUGCCACUCGCGCUGAGGGUGGCGUCCCCAGCGCCUUCGCGUUUGCGUGAGAAGUUUACUAAACAUGACGCAACUACUACUCCUGUUCUUGACGUUGGUAGUUAGCAGUCAUGCUGAAGUUCUCUCAUCAAGAACUGCCAGAGGCCGUCCUACUGUUUCCAGUGUCCUCCAUGGUGGAAGAAACCUACAGCCACAACCUGCCGCCUCUAAUAUUCGUGAGGAUCUUAGCGAGCAACAAGACAACAUAGCUGAACCAACUCUGUUCAGACAUGAGGUGGCAAAUAUCUCACCUAAAGAUAAAGACCUUGAUGACAAACAUUCUUCUCACAAAACGUCUGGAUUAAAUUCAGAGAAGCAAAUUAACUCCUUGCAGCCUGUGCCCAUAAGCGUGCCUUUAUUGCUUCAGUCACCAAACAGUGAAUAUUUUCUUCCUCCACACGGCACUGUGAUAUCUGUUAGUAAUCCUUUUCCUUUUAGACAUAAUAAUAAUAAUAAUAAUCAUGCCCCAUCUGUUCCUCCAAGUAAUUCUGUGUCUUCUGUAUCAUCAUUAUAUGCUGCGCCUGAUGUCGGCUUACCACUUGUGGGGUAUUCAUCAUCUUAUGGUCAGACUCUUCAACAAGGUCUGCCCAUUGCUCCUGUGUCUGUAAUUAAUCACGCGCCUGCUGGUAUUCCAGAUAAAUCUCAUACAGGAGUCACUUCAUCAUAUGAGCAUCCUCCCCAUGUAGAUUACUCCAUAUCCUCCACACCUCAUCCUAUUUCUAUUUCACACCCUGUGUCUUCUGUACCAGCCUAUGGUACACCUGCAGUUGGUGGGCCACAUAUUGAACAAUCGUCUUAUGGUCAGCCCUCUCACAGCCUUGAGCAUUCUGUCUCAUCUCCACCCGUGUCUCUAUCCGUUCCUGAAGUCGGGAUAUCAGGUUUGUAUGGCACUCCUGAUGCAGGGUUAUCACAUCCCGAGUUCCCAUCUGUAUCACCAUCAUAUGGUCAACCUCAGUCUGUAUUCAUAUUUAACCCUGUUGCUAGUAAGUCAAGUUUGUAUGGUUCUCAUAGUGCUAAUGUACCACAUAAUGGGCUUUCAGUUUUAUCAUUUGGAGAGCCUACAGUCUCUGAAAAUCCCAUUUCUUCUGUAUCCAUAUCUAACCCUAUUUCUAGUAUUUCAGGGCUAUAUGGCACUCCCAGUGCCAGUGUACCACAUAAUGGGGUUUCGUCAUCAUAUGCAGAACCUACCUUCACUGAGAAACCCAUUUCUUCUGUACAUAAUCCUGGCCCCGGUAUUUCGAACCUCUACAGUAUUCCAGAAGCCGGUACAUCAAAUAAGGAGCUUGCAUCAUCAUCUUAUGGUCAGGUUCCCUUUUCUGGUAGCCCUGUUUCUCAUGCAUCCAUAAGCAAACCUGUUCCAUCUGUGCCUAGCGAGUACAAGUCCUCUGGUGUGGGAAUUUCUCAGUCUAGGUUUUCCUCCUCUUUCGAUCAGCCGCAGAUCAGCAGCUACGCAGAUCCCCUUGUUGGAAGUUUUGUGACCACACCAAGUAGUUCUUACCUGCCUCCAGAUAUAGGAGCAUCUGGAAGCGUUGUCAGUCCUGUUUCUCUGCCAAUUCAAGAUAGCAAAAACCUUCAUUUGACUGCUUUGAACAGUCGCUCUUCCGCCACAGCAAUCCGACUUGAUCCACCUGAUAUAAACCUUUCACCCACAAAUUACCUGACUUAUGCCCCUUCAUAUCCGGUAGGUGUCAAGGCCAGUACGAAAACUCCAGCUGCGCAAUCGCAGCCUGCCAAAUCUCAUUAUCAUUCACAGGAUGAGUUUGGACGGUACGCCUUCGGCUACAAUACCGGCGACUCGUCUCGUGACGAGACCCGUGAUGCGUACGGACAUGUCCGUGGUAGUUAUAGUUACGUGGAUGCAAAUGGUGAAGUCCAGAUUCAACAUUACGUAGCUGAUGACAAAGGUUUCCGUGUAACGGGGACUAACCUACCUGUGCAUGCGACGGAUAAGAACUAGGUACCAACUAUAAAUAUAUUUUGUUAUAAUUGCCUUAUGUUAUCUCUCCUCGAAUGGAUAUACCGAAAUAUAUGAAUAUUACCCUUCAUUAUUAGUAUUUAUACUCCCGGCUUUAAGAUCUUGGUCGUUAUAAUAUUAAACUUCUAAAGUUUGUGAUGAAUUUUAUAGGAGACAAAAUAAAAAUGGUUAUCUCAAAAUAAUAUGAAACCUGGAAUUAGAAUGACAUUGAUUC